UUCCAUCACCAUCUAUAAAUAUCCAUAUCCAUCUCUAAUCUAUCUCGUUGACCUCAAACAUCAAACAAUUAUCACAAACAGACAUAACGAAAAUGAAGUUUUGGGGCUUGACAAUAAUUCCCCUGUUGCUUUUGUUCCAAGGAGGCUUAGCAGAGCAAUGUGGGAGGCAAGCUGGUGGUGCUCUGUGUCCAGGAGGUCAGUGCUGCAGCAAGUACGGCUGGUGUGGCAAUACACCUGAUUACUGCACCAAUGGAUGCCAAAGCCAAUGCUCCGGUGGUGGCGCCGGCGGGGAUAUUCCGAUCUCAAGGUCCACUUUCGAUGAGAUGCUUAAGCAUCGAAAUGAUUGCCCUAGCAAGGGCUUUUAUUCCUAUGAUGCUUUCAUUGCUGCAGCCAAAGCCUUCCCUGGCUUUGGUACUACCGGUGACGACGCCACCCGGAAAAGAGAGAUUACUGCUUUCUUAGGCCAAACUUCCCAUGAAACUACAGGAGGAUGGCCAGCUGCACCCGAUGGCAGAUACGCUUGGGGAUAUUGCUUUGUCAGGGAGCAAAAUCCUGGAAGUGAUUACUGUUCCCCUGAUCCCAAAAAUCGAUGUGCUUCAGGACGCAAAUAUUUUGGCCGUGGUCCAAUUCAACUUUCAUGGAACUACAACUAUGGGCCGUGUGGAAGAGCCAUUGGAGUAGAUUUACUAAACAAUCCAGACCUUGUUGCUACGGACGCUGUAAUAUCAUUCAAGACAGCAAUCUGGUUCUGGAUGACACCACAAUCGCCAAAGCCCUCCUGCCACGACGUCAUCACCGGGAGAUGGAAACCUUCCGCAGCUGACUCAGCUGCCGGUCGAGCUUCCGGUUACGGUGUGAUCACGAACAUCAUCAAUGGUGGGAUUGAAUGUGGCAAAGGUAGGAACGAUAAGGUAGAGGAUCGCAUUGGAUUCUAUAAGAGAUACUGUGAUCUACUUCGUGUUGGAUAUGGGAAUAACCUUGACUGCUACAACCAGAGGCCUUUUGGGUCUGGCCUAGAAACCAUGUAAAACAAAUUAGACUAAUUCAAAUGUGCUACAAUGUAAAGUACUAUGGAUGCCUUUUUUUUUUUUUUUUUUUUUUUUGCGUUUGGUUUUGUUUGUGUCAUUGUCACUGCUAUGGUGACGAUGGGUGUGUGGGGCUGUGUUACUCAUAAUGCUGUAUUAUGGAAUGAGAAAGUAAUAAUAAAGUAAUGGUGAAUAAUUCCCACAGGAAAUUAAUAA